AACACGUAUUUAGCGGCUCAAAAUCAACUGUUGAUGCUGGUUUGCGAUGCUGGAGGAAGGCUGAACCAGGCCACUCAUGGGGGAAGCUGAAAAUGUCCAAUCCGGUUAAAAAAGUGAGACAAGGAGAAAAACUGCCCCUGAAAUCCAGAGGAAUCCAGAGCAAGCCAUCUCAUGAUCUCAGGAGGCUUCAGUCCCUGCUUGCCAGAAGCAUUCCCAGACAAGAGGUGGCAGCGUUGAGUCACAGUAAAGCACGCAGCAGCGGAGUCAGCAGAUCUCAAGGCCUGCAGCCUCUGAGAGACACGAACAGACAGAGGAGUGAGAGCGACAUCACCAGUGAAGCCUCUGAACUGGAAAAAUUCAGCAUCACCUACAGAGACCAAAGAUGUUUCAGCAGCCACCCACUGCACAAACUCUUCUCUGACAUCCUUGUGUCUUUGGUUAAGAACCGACUCUGCAGUGAAUGGAUCGACUCUGCACAGCCUGAGUCGGUUGUCAGAGUUUUGAUCUGCCUGCGAUUAUUGAUGAGAGAUCCCCACCAUCAGAAAAUCCUCCACCAGCUCCAAGGCAUCAAUUCACUCGCCAGGUAUAUGGAGCAUGUCACUGCCAUGUACAUAUCUUGUGGCGAACAGGCGCUCGCUGUGCAGAAGCUGGUCACAAUGACCUACAUGUUUCAGAAGCUGUCUGCUGUUGGAGAUCAAAAGGUCUGGGUCAUCGAGAGUGGCGCUCACAGGACGCUGGUGAAGCUCCUUUCCACGACAGAUAGCAGCGUGCUGCUGGGAGCCCUGCUGGCACUCACCACUUUGGCUGACAGCCCAGAAUGCAAGGAGGAGAUUGGAGAGUUACCCAUAGUGGAGAACCUGCUUGUAAUCCUGCAGGAGUACGACCUGCUGUCGAAGAGGAUGAGUGCGGAGCUGCUGAGGCUCCUGUCCCCGGUGAGGCGGGUGAGGGACCAGGUGCGGGAGCUGGAGGGUCUGCCAGUGCUGCUCAGCCUGCUGUACGGCCAGCACCUGAAGCUGCUGUGGAGCGUCGCCUGGGUCCUGGUCCAGCUCUGCGAGGAUCCCGACACCAGGACGGAGAUCAGGAGCUGGGGCGGGGUGCAGCAACUUCUCCGGCUGCUAAACAGCAACAGGCAGUAUGUCUCUGACCGCUCAUCCAUCGAGACGCUCUCCAGCGCCAACGCAGCCGGCCGCAUCCAGAGAGAGCACAUGAGAGAGGAGCUCAGCCCGCAGGAGGAGGUGGACAACACUAUGGCCCUGCAGUCAGCCUGCUGUACAGUUCUGACUGAGCUUAGUCUGGAUGACACAUCUGCUCACCACAUUGUGCAGGAAAAUGGGGUCUAUGUAAUAGCCAAACUGAUUUUACCACAAAACUCUGGACCAAAGGUCAUAUCUUUACAGUGCUAUGCGUUUAGAACCCUCCGCUUUCUCUUCAGCAUGGAAAGAAACAGGCAUCUAUUUAAGAGACUCUUUCCCACCGACCUCUUUGAGUUGUUUAUUGAUGUUGGACAUUAUGUUCGGGACCUCACGGCCUACGAGGGACUGCAGACCAAAGUUUCACUCUACACUGAAGAGGAACUGGACAGUCUGAGAGAGAGCAUUGAGACUGUGGACCAGAACCGACCCCCACUUAAAGUCAUCAACGGUUACUCCAUACUGGACCAUCUGGGCACUGGGGCGUUUGGAAGUGUCUUUAAGGUCCGAAAGCAGAGCGGCCAGAACCUCCUGGCUCUGAAGGAAGUGAACCUCCACAACCCGGUGUUUGGCAAAGACAAGAAGUCCAGAGACAGUAACGUGGAGAAAAUCAUCUCUGAGCUCACCAUCAUCAAAGAACAGAUGACGCACCCAAACGUCGUGAAAUAUUACAAGGCAUUUUUGGAAGGUGACAAGCUGUACAUCGUGAUGGAGCUGAUCGAGGGCGUGCCGCUGGCGGAGCAUUUCAACUCACUGAAGGAGAAGCAGCAGAAGUUCACAGAAGACAGGAUUUGGAAUGUAUUCAUACAGAUGUGUCUGGCACUGAGGUACCUGCACAAGGAGAAGAGAAUAGUCCACCGUGACCUCACACCAAAUAACAUCAUGCUGGGGGAAAAGGACAAAGUCACCAUCACCGACUUCGGCCUUGCAAAGCAGAAACAGGAGAACAGCAAGCUGACGUCAGUGGUCGGCACCAUCCUUUACUCCUGUCCAGAGGUGGUGAAAAAUGAGCCGUAUGGAGAGAAAGCUGACGUCUGGGCUUUGGGCUGCAUCCUCUACCAGAUGGCCACUUUACAGCCUCCGUUCUACAGCAGUAACAUGCUGUCACUGGCCAGCAAGAUUGUCGAGGCCGCGUACGAGCCGACUGAAGAAGGAGCUUACUCAGACAGAGUCACAGACAUGAUCAGAUGGUGUUUGAGUCCAGAUGCAGACCAGCGGCCGGACAUUGUGGCCGUCAGCACCAGGAUCUCUGACCUCAUGAUGAGGCUGAUGGACGGCCUCUACACUUCCCAGAAUGCACUGGAAAGGAGAGCAGAGAGAGACAGGAAGCGAGCGCAGAAGUACUUCCUGGAGAGGCACAAAUGCAGGAUGGACUGCUGUCGCUCAAACCUGUCUCAGGAAAACCCCUUCAUGAAUACUGAGUGUCCGACUCCACGCUCUUUUGCAGCCUGCAGUUCAAACCACAGCUAACACAGCAUCAGUCAAGAUAAUGCGUCAGAUGGUGAUGCUGAGCCAUGCAAUACCAAAGUCGACAUCACUGCCUCUACAGUAAAACACUACGGAUUUAAGCCCAGCACCUGUAUUACACUGGACCAAAUUCAGUCUGGUGGGGAUUUUGCUGCUGCAAAGAUUAAACCACGACCAGUGUCAGCGGGGAUUUGCGUCUCCCAGAAGAAGGUUCGGCAGAUUGAUGAUCCCAUUCAGAGGCUCCUGGUGCAGCUGCACAAAAUUAUUUACAUCACUCAGCUUCCACCUGCUCCGCACCACAACAUCAAACGACGGAUCAUUGAAAGAUUUAAAAAGUCUUUAUUCCACUUUGGGAGUGAUCCGUACAACCUGAAAGUGGAGCUCAGUAAGCUCCUCCAGGUCUCUCCAGACCUGAUGGAGUUAGACUCAGCUAGUUCUGACUGGUGGCCCCUGGUCCACCAUUUCACAGAGGAGCCUGACAGCACAGGUGAUGGGAAUCUCAAAGAUGGAGUCACCUAUCAGCAGAUGCAGGGGAUCAUAGAGGAGCUGCUGGAGGAGAACAGCUACUAUGGCAACACACAGCAGGUGACAUUUUACCACUCUGACAAACAGCAGACGGAUGCCUGA